GGAUUUCUUCAAUUCCAAUGCUCAAAAGAUUUGAUCAGAACGGUCGCCGGAUUCUCAAGUCUCCGGCGGUUCUUCCAUGUCAAGAUGUAAAUCCGGUGACUCUUCUUCGCUCUCUAAUCACUCUCUCACACUCCAUCACUAGUUACCAGUCUGGAUUCUUCGCCACACAACGACGAAACUCCCGUGAAUCGAUUCGACAGAUCGGGAUUCUUUCCAUGUUCUUCGCUGAAAUCAUCGAUCGAGACGUCUCCGAUUUACCCGAUUCUGCCGUCCUUUGUUUCUCCGAACUUCAUCAUUCGUUACAGAAGAUGAAAUUUUUACUAGAAGAUUGCACUCGCCGUGGCGCUAGGGUUUGGAUGCUGAUGAAAUCUCACUUUGUAGCGACGCAGUUUUUGACGUUGAUUCGAGCGAUUGCGACGGUGCUUGAUAUUCUUCCGUUGAAUUCGAUCGGAAUUUCGAGAGAAAUUAAGGAAUUGGUGGAGAUGGUUGCGAAGCAAGCAGGAAAAGCCAAAAUGGAGGUUAAUCCGGAUGAUGAGUAUGCGAUGAAACGGGUCUUGUUGAUUUUGAACCAAUUUGAAAACAGGUUUGAACCCGACUCGAUUGUGAUCAAACGUGUUCUUUAUUAUCUUGGUAUUAACAGUUGGAAUGAAUGCCACAAAGAGAUCAGAUUUCUGGAUGAAGAGAUCUGUUUGGAAUCUUUAGAAAAUAACGAAAAAGAUUUGCAUUUACUGAGCACUUUAGCUGGAUUCAUGAGGUAUUGCAGGGGGGUUUUGUUUGAAAACACUGUUCUUGAGCACGCCGAUGAUCAAUCCGCCGGAAAAACUCAUCUGGAAAUCCUCAGUUGUUUGAAUCCUGAGGAUUUCCGGUGCCCGAUUUCGCUCGAACUGAUGACGGAUCCGGUGACUGUUUCCACCGGUCAGACAUACGAUCGAGCUUCUAUUGAAAAAUGGCUGAAAUCCGGCAACCUCAUUUGUCCGAAAACCGGUGAAAAACUCGCGACGACGGAGCUCGUCCCCAAUUUGAAUCUCCGGCAAGUAAUUCAACAGUAUUGCAUCGAUCAUGGAGUUCCGAUUUCGAAAUUUCAGAAGCAGAGCCGCGAUAUUUCAUCGACGAUUCUCCCCGGAAGUCCGGCAUCAGCGGAAGCAAUCAAGUUUCUCAGCGAAUUUGUGGUGAGAAGAUUACGAAAUGGAACAGAGAUUCAAAAGAGUAGAUCAGCUUAUGAAAUCCGAUUACUUGCGAAAUCGAACAUUUUUAAUCGGUUUUGUUUGAUCGGAGCGGGUGCGAUUCCUCCUCUUUUAACUCUACUUCCUUCAUCUGAUUCAACCGUUCAAGAAAACGCCAUUGCAGCUCUGCUCAAGCUUUCAAAGCAUUCAAAUGGGAAGAAAGUGAUCAUCAAUCAUGGUGGGCUAAAUUCGAUCAUCGAAGUCUUGGAAAACGGAUUGAAACCAGAAUGUAAACAGAUCGCAGCUGCAACCAUCUUCUACUUAUCGUCUGUUCAAUCGAAUCAGAAGCUCAUCGGAGAAAUCCCCGAAGCCGUCCCGGCUUUGAUCGAACUAAUCCGAACCGGAACUUCUUGCGGCAAAAAGAAUUCUUUAGCCGCUCUAUUCGGAAUCCUACUCUACCCAAGAAACCACGAACCCGCACUCAAAUCCGGGAUCGUUCCAUUGCUAUCGAACCUCAUCCGUUCUUCAGAUAAACCCGAGAUCAUCACCGAUUCAUUAGCGGUUCUAGCCACAUUAGCCGAAUCCUUCGAUGGGUCUGACGCGAUCUUGAAAGCGUCAUCUUUACCACUUAUCAUCAAAACUCUGCAAACAUCGCCUUCACGAGCCACAAAAGAGUACUGCGUGUCGAUCUUGUUGGCGUUGUGCAACAAUUUGGGGGUCGAAGUGAUCGUGGUUUUGGCAAACAACACGAAUUUGAUCGGUUCCUUGUACACGCUAUCGACAAACGGAUCUUCGCAGGCCGGCAAGAAAGCUCGAUUGUUGAUCCGAAUAAUGCAGGGUUACCACGAAACGAGCAGUUCAGGUUUGAUGGCUAAUUGGGAUUCUUCAUCAAGAAUUGCAACAAUUCAUUCAUGUUAGGUUAGAAAUCUUCAUCGUUAUGAAUUUUUUUUUCCAUAGAAGCUCUGGUUUUUUUGGAGCUAAGCUUUAUUAUACAUACAUACACUUGUAUAAUAUACGUAUAGAAUUAUAGAAUAUAGUAGCAAAAAUGAUACACUUUUUUGUAAAUAAUAUCGGUAUAUACAAUAAUGAGUUGGGACUUU